UCACCGCAGUCCGCAAUAAUAUUAUAGUAUAUUUAUUGAUUAUUCACUACUUUUUUUUUUUAAAGUACCAGGCCGUAGGAAUUGCAAAUAAAUAAUAUAUUUUUUUUCGAGAGUUGAACCGAACUAUAUCGAUCAUCAAUCUUAACAACUUCGACGCGAUUACAUUUUUGUAGGGGAUAACUAACUCACAAAGACAAAUAACGAUUCAUUACCAGUUAGUGGUAAAUACCAGAACGGAAAUUAAGUAUCCGUUGACAUAAUAUAUUAAAACGAAUUAUAUUAUACAGAAAAUGGCAUCAUUGAGAUCACUGAACCGCACCUUACGGAAUGUCCAGGCUGGAGCCAUAGAUCCGAUGCAAGUUGAUACACCUCCUGAAGAAAAUGACAACAACGAAGAAGAAUUGUAUGAAGUGGACAUUGAUUCAUUUGAUCUUGACACAUAUGCCAAUAAUUACAUUGGAUUAGCUCGCAUUUAUAGGCUUAUGUAUAUAGCUGACCAUUGUCCAAGAUUGCGAUCUGAUGCGUUACGUCUGGCCAUUUCACAUGUUAUUACUACAAUGAAUGCUAAUCUGUAUCGAGUGCUACAUCGUAAACUUCAACAAUGCCAUGGAAAUAUACUAGCAGAUGUUACUGGAGCUAAUCCAGGUAGAUCCAGGACUUCCAGUGUUGUUGGAAUUUAUCUGCGAAAUUGGUCGCAUGUUACCGAUUACAUAAUUAAAGCUGAAUCUACUCCGAACUGUGUGGAAAAUCCUGAACUCCUGACCACAUACAGUUCUACGCUUAAAUGCAUGACAGGCUUAGCUGAACUUGCUGGUCGUAAAUACAAAUUAGCUGCCCAAAAUUUCUUGAAAGCCAAUCUUGAUAAUUGGGAUUCUUGUGGCGUAAUGACACCUAAUGAUAUUGCUAUUUAUGGAGGACUUUGCGCAUUAGCUACUUUUAACCGUUCAGAACUUCAAAAUAAAGUAAUUUGCAACAACUCAUUCAAAUUAUUCCUUGAACUGGAACAUGAAGUACGUGAAGCGAUUUUCAAGUUUUGUGAGGCCAAGUAUGAAGUCUGUUUAAAAAUGUUGAACAAAAUAAAACCAAUUUUACUUCUUGAUAUGUACAUUGGAUCUCACAUAAACCAGCUCUACUCUGAUAUAAGAAGCAAAGCAAUGAUUCAAUAUCUCUGUCCAUACGACUCUGCUGAUUUAAGAAAAAUGGCGUUAUCUUUCAAUACUUCUUUGCCUGACUUAGAAAAUGAACUUGUGCAACUAAUUUUGGAUGGUCACAUCAAGGCUCGUAUUGACUCCAUUAAUAAAGUAAGUCUCAUUGUACUUGACUUUCAAAUAUUUAUAGUAAAAAAAUAUAUGGUUUAUACUUAAGAUGAUGCUAUCUAUGCAUUUGUGGUUUCUGUCUUACAAGCAUAGGAAAUUUCCAUUCACUAGUUUCAAUUGUGUGCUGUUAGUUUUGAUUUUACAGUGAUUUUUGACUUAUUAUCAAACUUUUUGAUACGAACAUGAGCAUUAUUUGUGCUCUUAGCAUUGAAGUGUUUUUCGAUAUUUCAAUUUCCAUGCAAGAUAUGAGUAUUUGAAGUAUCACAAAUUAAAAAUGCUCAUAUUUGGCUUGAAAAUUAUAAU